AUGGCUUUUAUUGAAGGUAAGCAGCAAUUUAAACAUAUUUGUAUGCUUAUUUAUCUAUUUAUAUAAUUGGACACAUGCUGUUCUGAUGACAUCACAUGUAUUAUUUAUAAGACGUAUUAAUCAGAGCUGAACUUAUUAUAAAUACUGAUAUGGAAAUUUGAUACAUCAUGCAUGGUAUUUGUAUUUGAUGUCACAAAGAUACAAAACAUAGCUUACGUGCAAUGUGCAAGAUAAAUGUAUGUGAAACAGACAACACGAUACAAACAGUUUGGCUUCUUAAUACUGAUUACUGGGUCUAUCAGGUCUACUAUAGUCAGCACCCAAACUGAAACAAACCGGUCACAUUGCGCCGAUUGGCACUUGGCAGUAGACGAUGUACUCGAUUUCUAUUAAAAGUGAACACGUUGCAUGCUUAAUUGCGGGGACAGAACUCAUCAUAAUGAUCAAAUAGCUAUAAAGAAAAGAUAACACGUCUGACAGUAUAAACAAAGGUACAAAGUGGUAUUAACUAUAUAUUUUUAUACUGAUGGUCUUUGUCAUUUUAUGUAUGAAACAUGUGUAAAUUUAGAAAUUCACAUCAUGUGCUCAGCCAUGAAUGUUAUCCACAUUAGUACAAUGACCUAUGUCAACGUAUUAAUACAGUAUGCUCUGAGUUGUCAGAUAAAAUAUUCUUAUUGUAUCACUGGAAAAAAUUGAAAAUCCAUAGAAGGGAAAUAUUGUAUGGACCUUCAUUGGAAAUAGAAUGGAUUUUGAUUAUCCAUAAUAUUAAAUUGUAUAUAAUUCCAUAUCAUGGAUAUAUUAUAAAAAUAGUAUGGAUAAACUAUGGAUUUAGUGGUGCAAUUGCAAACUUCAUAUUAUGGAUUUUACAUUUUUUCCAGUGUAUGUUACUCAUUGCUACAAAUCAACCAUAUGAUUUAACCGUACAACCAUGGGCAUUUGGUACAUGCAUGGUACAUACUGUAUGUCCAAGACAAUUUAUAAAUUAACAAUUUUGAAAGGAAAUUUUUUAAGAAAGAUUGGUGAUAAUCAUGACAAUUUAGGGAAAACCCCUACAAAAAUGAUGUGCUAAUUUAUUCAGGUUAUUUCGUUUACAAUUAAUACCUUUAUAUAAAUACAAACCCAAGUUGUCCUGUGGAAGCUUUGCUCUCAUGAAUCAAGAAGAACUUUAAUGUGUUAAUAAUUUGUGAAAGUGAUGUUCCCAGGCCAUUAAGAUAUAUGUUACAAAUUAAUAUCCAAUGAUAAUGAUGCUCCCAUGUCAAUAUGAUAUAUGAUAUAUGAUACAUUACAUAAAUAUCCAACUUUGGGGCAUAUCUUAAAAUAUUUAAGGAGUGGCUACCUGAUAAGGAACUGCAUGCAGCUAUUUAUGUUUAUGCUUUUGUCCAAAAUGUGACAUACAAUGCACAAUCCUCUUUUAGUAGAAACCUAGCGGUAAGCAAAAACUAUAUAAAUCGGCAGUUUCAGAUCGAUAUAGUCACAAAUCAUAUUUAAUUAAUUCAUCUUCUAUAGUUUUAUAAAAUUUGUAAAACCACUUUUAAUACCCUUCUGUUUUAAUUAAGGCAUCAACACUACACCUCAGAAGGUUUAUCCAAAAGAACAAAAUCUGCCAUCACAAGGUGAUCAAUGCAGACUAUGUGGAAACAUUACAGAUGCACGCUAUCUUACAAGAGUUUUCUCAAACUCAGGAAUACAAAAGGAUUGGCAACGAAAGGUGUUGCAAACAUGUGCCAUAGUCAUAGCUGAGACAGAUUAUCUUCCAACAGUCAUUUGUCGAAAAUGUGGAAACUUUGUAAAUAAGAUGUGGGAAUUCAGACAACAAAUUCAAGGAGUUCAAAUAACACUGAGACAACAAUUUAGUGUUAAACGUGGAAUUGCAACCUCACCUGCUGCUUGCAAACAGCCUGCAAAGCGCAAUGCUUUUGUGUCAAAUGAUGAUAACAACACAAGAAGGACACUUGGUUUUGAUAAAAUUGAUCACUUACAAGACAUGCAAUAUAGAACUCAGAUGAACAUUGAUCAUAGUAGUAAACCACAGACACCAUCUGUGCAUUAUGUUUCUGAGCGGACUAUUAUACCAAGCCGCCAAUCACAUACGGAGCCUCAACCUUCAUCAGUCCUACCACUUCAUCCUUCCUCAGUAUAUGUUUCCCAUUUUAAUACAUAUGUCACAACACCCAUCACAUCAGUUCAGCAAGCAAAAUUGGAACGAGCAUCAAGGACAAGAAUACCUUCUGCUGUUGCAGAUAUAGUAACAGAAGCCUGUCCAUCUGUUGAAGUUGCAAUAAAGAGGAACAUUUUGCAUAAAUGUAAAGUGUCUUCUCAUGCACUUUGCAAACGAUCCAGUCAUUCAUCAGUGUUGUAUGCAAGUAUGGAACAGUAUACGAUUAUGAAGGAUUUUAGCAUUGACCUAUUGUGGAAAGAAAUGAUAACACAUCAUCCAUUUCUUAUUGAUGUGUUAAAUGCUAUGGCAGGAAAAGAAAUUGACAUUAAAAAUGCAACAGAUGAGUUGAAAGUUAAAUAUUGCUUUAUUUACUCAAUCAUUAUGAACAUUCGAUGGCAUGAACUUAGGUUUCAACGCAUCAACACAGUUUUAUUAAUUGAAGGUGGAUGUGGUAAACAGGUAUAAAGAGUUGAAUUAUUUAUUAUUACUGAAUUAACAUAUAAUUUUAGCCACAGUUAAAAAAGCCUUUAUUAACUGCCUCUUGUAAUUUAUAUCAUGUGAUAGUUCAAACAGAUCAGAUGAUACCAUUUGUUUUAUAGUUGGACAAAAUAUGUGAUUCAAAUUAUAGAUCUGCUGACAAGACAUUGCAUGAUUUCCUUUCAUUUAAUAAAGACUCAGACUCAAAGAUGCAGAGCUUCAGGGGCGGAUCUAGGGGUGAUCAGAGCGAUCACGCGACUAAGGUAAAAAUUGGCCAGAAAAGUAGAAAAUUGUUAAAUUAAGAUAGCAGUCCAGUUAUCAAACUUCCCGCAGUGUAAUGUGUUGAAAGUUUAAUAGUCCAGUUUUGAAAUAUCAUUCAGUAGCAAUUAAGGCCUUCGAACAUGAACGCGCAGAAAAGCGGUCUUACGCAUGAGUUUUGCACGCUCUGAGUCAGAUUCCAGCCAUCUGAUUGGCUAUCUCGAUUUUUGCGCGAUCUGUGGGGAGUUCUGAUCGCUAAAGCGAUCAGGGGCUCGAAUACAGGCGAUCCGAUUGGCUAAUUCAAAACAAUCCUGAAUCCCCAUUGGCUGGAUUUUUUUGAUCGAUCAUACCGUUCAGGCUUUAUUAGUGCACGGAAAGGUCUAUGACGUUUCUGGUCCUUUCUGAUCACUACUUCGUGCUUGACCGCAAAUUAUUAAAGUUCAAAGGGAAGAUAUACUAUCAGAAAUUCUGAACUAAUACUAACCAUGUCUGUUAGUAUUUACGAAACCGUAAAGGCUGCUUUAGAGAAUGACGAUCGACAAAAUGUCAAAGAUAUUGAAGCUGAUUUAAACAAGCGAGUGACGGUGUACCAAAGCUUUCUAUUAAAGAUUUAUUGAGCGUUGUGAAUAACAUAAGCAGCCUUACUCGCACGAAAUUUGGUGCGGAAUCAUACAUCGAAGUACGUUCGAGAGAUUUUAACUAGAUAUAGCAUUAUAACUGUUGUAUACUGCUUUAUACUGUGUCUGUGGUGGAUUGUGCGUCUGUACGCACAUGCUAUAAUAUCGGCGGAUACGCGUCUAAGACGUAUAAUAAUACGAGACGAAAUUUACAUAAUAUUUCCGUCAAUUGACAUAAAUACUGCGGCUUAAUACAGGCAGUUUCAGUGUGUUUCUACUUUGUUUAUGCUUCUUGUGACAUGUGGACUUUAUCUAUUAAUCAGAUAGCUACUUAAUAACUGAAUAACACUGUAUUAAUAUCAUUUAUACCUAGCCUAUUUCAGUUAAACUACAAGAACACGACAAUGUAGCAUGGCCUUGUGUAAUACGAUCUCUACAACAUGUAUACAGCAAGUAAAAUGGAUUAUGUUGCCAUUGUGAAUACUUAUUCAUGGCGCAUGUUUCUGCUAUGAAUGAAACUCGAGGAGCAGUUAAUUAAACGUGGAAAUUCUCUUCCUGCUUAACAAUCAAUCAAAUGUUUUAAAUUGCAUCAUUAUAUUGCAAAAUUUUUGGACCAUCCAUGUCAAAGCAAAAAAUAUGCGAUUAAAUAACAAUUUUUAAAACGUCAAGUCAUCCUUGUCAAUCUAUUUCUCGAUGAGAAUUGGAUACCUGUUUGACAUUGGGCGAAAAAGCAAUUUUUUUAAGUUAGAUUUUUUCGUAAAGAGAACAUAUAUAUAAAAAAAAAUAAUUUGCUUGAUUUGCGUCAAAAGUACCCCCCUCCCCCAGUCAAAAGGCUAAUGUUGAGCAACGAAAUUUUUGACUAACGUACGAAAAAUCCUAGAUCCGCCCCUGCAGAGCUUCCCUAUUGAUGAGUAAAAUCGUCUGGCGUUAGGCAAGCAAAAAUAUUAAGUAGGACGCACUGUGGGGCGCAUUUCCGCACAAUAGGUUAACUAGAGACAUUGUCAGAUUUUUUGGUUAACCCAUUAAGCUGCAGAGCUGCCCCAUUGACAAGUAAAAUCGUCUGCCAUUAGACAAGUAAAAAAGUAAAUUAUGCAGUCCAGUUUUGAGUGUAGACAAGCCCUAUGAGAAAAAAGCUAGACUUGUGCAAUACACUUUUAUGAUGUGGGACUAGGGUUGGUUGUAUAAAAUAGUAGUUAAGAACAAGGCCCAUACUGUACAGACUGAGCACGGUUUGCCAACACAAUGCGAAUUUUCAGUUUUUAAAACCAAAUAAAACCGUCAACGGAUAAAAACUUUACAACACGUGCAGACCAAAUAGCUAAAAUUGCUUAAGUGGUUCUGAAUAUUUGAAAAACAUUGAAAAACAGGAAAGUUAAAUGUCAUUGAAAAUUGAAAAUUUGCGUCGCUUUGUUGAAUCGCUUCCGGUCUGUAUGGGCCUUAUACCAAAUCCAGUUCACUCAUAAUCAUGCCGAUAUAUCACAAAAUCAUGCAAUAUGCUCAUAAACAUGCUUAUUAGCAUAUUACAAGAUUUUGAUAGAUAAUACACUAAAUCAUGCAGCAUGUACAUAACGAUUCUCAUGAACAUAUCACUGGAUUUUGGAAGAUAUAUGGCCGCGUGCUCAUGGCCGUACCAAAAUCUGGUACGUCCAUGAGUGCGAAAAUCAAGCAGUAUGCACAUUAUGAAUCAUGCUCAUGAGCGUGAGAUUUGAACGAACUAAAGCCCCGUUUACACGACAGUCAUUUUAGGCACGGCACGCUUAAAUUUUGGCAUGCGGACCCAUUUUUUUGGGCACGGCACUCUUAAUUUUUGUCGUGUAAACGCAAAAUUAAGGGUCCGCGGGCCCAAAAUUUUAAGCGGGCCGAGACCUCCUCAGGAGGUAGUCUCGGCCCGCUUAAAAAUGGGUCCGUGGCCCCAUUUAUGCAUAUUUUUAUUUUUUCACGCAUGCGUUUUGUUUCUCGCACUGCAAAAUGGCGUGUAAAGAAGGGAAGAAUCGAGGAAAAUUGUGGUCAGAAGAAGCAACAAGAACUCUCAUAAAUUUAUGGUCGGAAGAAACAAUACAGCUUUCUUUAGAGAAUUGCAAAACGUCGAAGGAAACCAGACAAGUGUAUAACACGAUUUUGGUAAGUUGAGGCAAUAUUUAAUAUUUUUUUCAGUUUUAUGACGACGACUAAUAUUUUUUUUCAAUUUUGCGAUGAUUAUUUUGUAAUAAUAUACAGUUUUUUCUUGACAAUUGUUAUCUGUUUUGGUGUACAUUUUUGCUAAAAAUUGACCAGAUUUUACUUCACUUUAAACUUUACAAAACAAGUCAUACAAAAACUCAUUUGUUUUAAUAGACAUGAGCACGUAUUAAAAAUCGACUCAAACGUCCAGUCAACAAAAUCACGAGGUUCAUUAUUUAUUGAAUUGUUUGUGCCAGUGUAGGUAGUGCAUUAAAAUAAAAGGCCUUCGAAAGCCAAAAGGCCUUCGCGCGAAAUGUCGAAAUUCUUAUGUUUUUCAGGUAUAGUUGCAUCCUAACCAACGAGAGCUUGUUUAUUGUAUUUAUUGCAGGUAAAACUACAUUCGAAGGGAUACAUAGAUUUCAAUCUUAUUAAAGAAGUAAUUGGAAAAAUUAAAAAGUUGCGUCAAAAAUACAAAUCCGUUAAAGACCAAAAAAAUAAAAGCGUUAACAGUGCCAACCCAAAAAAAGAAUGGACAUUUUUCCAGGAGAUUGACAAGUUCAUGUACACGAAGCAUAAUAUUAAUCCUCCAUCACUCAUUGACACCUCGGCAGACUCAGUUGAGACUGAACAUGAAAAUGUUGAUGACAAUUUCAGUCAGUAUAUUAUUCUUUGAAAUGUAAAAUUUCCAAUUGUAUAUUUAUCAGCAAUAUUAUAUUUGAUAAAAAAUUUAUAUUUUAGUUGAUGUACUUGUUGAAAAAUAUGGACAAGGGGAGGUUUCUGUGAGAAAGUGUGAAACAUGCGAAUUUGAGCAAACAGUGCGUACUGCUGGGGCUCAUGUUAAUGGUGACGAAGGUUCAGUGAUGGUUUUCACAGAUGAUGAUGAGUUUAUUUGUCCUAAUUGCAUGAUGAAUACUCCAGCUGAGAAAGAUACAUGUAAUCUGUCAAUACUAAUUAUUCAACUGUUAACCUCUAAGAAUGUUUUUUAACCUUUAGGGACUGGUCAUAAUUUAGCAGAAGAGGUGGGGAGGUGGAAACAGUGGGGGGAGGGGGGUCACAUUUUUUAGCCAGCAAAAAGGGGGUUCAUAAAAUAUUAGACAGUUUAUGAAGGCGGGGAGGGGGUCUGCUGUUUUAGUUCAAUUAAUUGUUUUAUACAUGCCUUCUCACAUUUUGUUCUUCUCACAUACGAGAGGGUGGGGUGGGGGGAGCAUUAUUUUUCCAGGUUAUGGCAAAGCAGGGUCACAAAAUAUCAUUCCUUAAAAUUUUGAAUUACACCUCCUCCCCCCCCACCCCCUGAUAAAUUAUGACCAGUCCCUUAAAUAAAAAUGUUUGACAAUAUAAGAGGGGGUAACCUUAUUAAGUUUACUGUAAACCUCCAAAUAUAAUGCUUGAACCCUAUAAUGCCCUGGCUUAUAUUUGCUGAUAGGUGUUAAUAUAUGCAGGGGCUUAUAGGGUUGGACUUGUAUUCGCAGGUUUACAUUACCUUGGGCCAUUAACCAUUAAGUGGCAAAGUGCCCUGAUGUGCCCUACUUUACUAAUUUACCCUGUCUAACACCAGCUGAUUGUACUCGUCAAGAGGAGAGACUGCCACUCAAUGGGGUAAUCAACCGUUUAAGUGGCAAAGAGCCCUGAUAUUUUAUUAUUUCAUUCUGUAUAACACCAGAUGAUUUUACCCAGGUCAAGGGGUGAAACAGUGCUGCCACUCAAUGGGUUAAAUUAAUAACAAAGCUGCUAAAGUAAUUCAUGGCCAAACAGUAAAAUUUUCUUUGAAGGUACUGUUCCUGCCAAUGAUGACAAGAUAGAUGAAAAGGAGGAAACAUAUGAGGAAGAAGGGUCUUUAAAGCAGCCCUCUAGUGUGCCAAAGCCAAUACCAAAAAAAAGAAGAAAAACUAACAUGGAGAAAUCGUUAGAAACUGUAUUCAAACAGUUUAAGGAUUGCGCUGAUGAAGAUUUUUCACGGUACAAUUAAAUGGUUUACUCUUAGGUUGCCUUUGAUGACUGCAUUUGCUACAAGUGUUUCUAUAACUGUAUAGAAACACAGGAAAAAUUUGUUUUUAUAUCUUUUAUAAUAUAACUGCAGAAAACUUUUAUCAUUUUUUAUAUCGAUUAAUUUACAAAUUUUCAUUAUUACCAUUUAAAUUAUCAAGUUCUCUUUUUGUUAAUUAAACUGAGAAUUCCAUUUUUGUCUUCUUGUUCCUCUUUCUAAACCUACAAUUACCACAUUUUUUCGAUUACAGCGAGUGUUUAUACUGUAGAAUUGUUUUGUUUACGUAUUGAUAUAAAGGCAGCUCACUGAGCUCAGUGUUCGAGACAGGGAAUUUCCCACUGAGGAAUUUCCCGUGUUUCCAAAUGUUUCCAUAAUUUUUUUGUGUUUCCUUGUUGUGAACGCUCGCUUACUAUUUAAUAUUGUAUUACAAUAAUCUAUACAUAUCGAUACAUAUGAUUUUAUCUGUACGGAUUUAACAAGCUUGAUUGUUGUUUCAUUUCUCAGGUACCAAAAGCUAGAACAAGAACGAGUCCAAACAGAGCAGCAGUUUCAUAUGCAAAGGAUGGCUUUGGAAAAUGAAAGACGAAAAGAAGAGAGAGAACAUGAAAUGAAUAUGGUCAGAAUGUUGAUGGGACCCCAACCUUUGUCUUCAUUCACAUUGCCAAACAUUCAUUCACAAUACUUAAUACCCUCAGCGGUUCCUAAUUGUGAUGAUGCCAGUACAAGCUCACAUUGCAGUGACAUUGAAGAUAACAAACAAGUUUAUUAUCCACUGUAG